UGCAGUUGAGCAAGGUCAGGACCUUGCCCUGAAGCCGGGCGGCGGCGCGCACGCCUCUCCCCGGACUGAGGAGCUGUCGCUGGCGGCGGGUGCAUGUUCGCGAGGAGGCAAUCCGGCGCCGCGCCGUUCGGAGCUAUGCCUGUCCCAGACCAGCCUUCGUCAGCCUCGGAGAAGACCAGCUCCUUGAGCCCUGGCCUCACCACCUCCAAUGGGGACGGCUCGGAAACAGAAACCACCUCUGCCAUCCUUGCCUCGGUUAAAGAACAGGAAUUACAGUUUGAAAGGCUGACCCGAGAACUGGAGGCAGAACGCCAGAUCGUCGCCAGCCAACUGGAGCGAUGCAAGCUUGGAUCGGAGACGGGCAGCAUGAGCAGCGUCAGUUCAGCAGAAGAGCAGUUUCACUGGCAAUCACAAGAUGGUCAAAAAGAUAUCGAAGAUGAGCUCACAACAGGUCUCGAACUGGUGGACUCCUGUAUUAGAUCACUGCAGGAAUCAGGAAUACUUGACCCACAAGACUAUUCAACAAGUGAAAGGCCCAGCCUGCUGUCCCAGAGUGCACUUCAGCUCAAUUCCAAACCUGAAGGGUCCUUCCAGUAUCCAGCCAGCUACCAUAGCAACCAGACCCUGGCUCUGGGUGAGACAGCCCCGUCGCAGCUCCCCGCCCGCAGCACUCAAGCCCGAGGUGCGGGCCAGAGUUUCAGCCAGGGCACCACGAGCCGCGCGGGGCACCUGGCGGGGCCGGAGCCCGCGCCGCCGCCGCCGCCGCCGCCGCCGCGGGAGCCGUUCGCGCCCAGCCUGGGCAGCGCCUUCCACCUGCCCGACGCGCAGCCCGCCGCCGCCGCCGCCGCCGCCGCGCUUUACUACUCCAGCUCCACGCUGCCCGCGCCCCCGCGCGGGGGCUCCCCGCUGGCCGCGCCCCAGGGCGGCUCGCCCACCAAGCUGCAGCGCGGAGGCUCGGCCCCCGAGGGCGCCGCCUACGCCGCGCCGGCGCGCGGCUCCUCGCCCAAGCAGUCGCCCAGCCGCCUGGCCAAGUCCUACAGCACCAGCUCGCCCAUCAACAUCGUCGUGUCCUCGGCCGGCCUGUCCCCGAUCCGCGUGACCUCGCCCCCCACCGUGCAGUCCGCCAUCUCCUCCUCGCCCAUCCACCAGCUGAGCUCCGCCAUCGGCACGUACGCCACCCUGUCGCCCACCAAGCGCCUGGUCCACGCGUCCGAGCCCUACGGCAAGCACUCGCAGGAGCUGUAUGCCACGGCCACCCUCCAGAGGCCGGGCAGCCUGGCAGCUGGGUCCCGGGCCUCGUAUAGCAGCCAGCACGGCCACCUGGGCCCCGAGCUGCGGGCCCUGCAGUCCCCGGAGCACCACAUCGACCCCAUCUAUGAAGACCGCGUCUAUCAGAAGCCCCCCAUGAGGAGUCUCAGCCAGAGCCAGGGGGACCCUCUGCCGCCAGCACACACGGGCACGUACCGCACAAGCACAGCCCCGUCCUCCCCCGGUGUCGACUCCGUCCCCUUGCAGCGCACAGGCAGCCAGCACGGCCCGCAGAGCGCCGCCGCAGCCACCUUCCAGAGGGCCAGCUAUGCCGCCGGCCCGGCCUCCAGCUACGCGGAUCCCUACCGACAGCUGCAGUACUGUCCUUCCGUCGAGUCUCCGUACAGCAAAUCCGGCCCUGCCCUUCCCCCGGAAGGCACCUUGGCCAGGUCCCCAUCCAUCGACAGCAUUCAGAAAGAUCCCAGAGAAUUUGGAUGGAGAGACCCGGAGCUACCUGAAGUGAUACAGAUGUUGCAACAUCAGUUUCCUUCAGUCCAGUCUAAUGCUGCAGCCUAUUUACAGCACCUCUGUUUUGGAGACAACAAAAUUAAAGCCGAGAUCAGGAGACAAGGGGGCAUCCAGCUCCUGGUGGACCUGCUGGACCAUCGGAUGACUGAAGUCCACCGAAGUGCCUGUGGCGCCUUGAGAAACCUGGUGUACGGGAAGGCCAAUGACGACAACAAAAUCGCCCUGAAGAACUGCGGUGGGAUCCCAGCCCUGGUGAGGCUGCUCCGCAAGACCACCGACUUGGAGAUCCGGGAGUUGGUCACAGGAGUUCUUUGGAAUCUCUCAUCUUGCGAUGCACUCAAAAUGCCAAUCAUCCAGGACACCCUGGCAGUGUUGACCAACGCGGUGAUUAUCCCACACUCAGGCUGGGAAAACUCACCUCUUCAGGACGAUCGGAAGAUACAGCUGCAUUCCUCACAAGUGCUGCGAAACGCCACUGGGUGCCUAAGGAAUGUUAGUUCAGCCGGAGAGGAGGCCCGCAGGAGAAUGCGGGAAUGUGACGGGCUCACGGACGCGCUGCUUUAUGUGAUUCAGUCUGCGCUGGGGAGCAGCGAGAUCGAUAGCAAGACCGUUGAAAACUGUGUGUGCAUUUUAAGGAAUCUUUCGUACCGGCUGGCAGCAGAAACGUCUCAGGGACAGCACAUGGGCACCGAUGAGCUGGACGGGCUGCUCUGCGGUGAGGCCAAUGGCAAAGAUGCAGAGAGUUCCGGGUGCUGGGGAAAGAAGAAGAAGAAAAAGAAAUCCCAAGAUCAGUGGGAUGGAGUAGGACCUCUUCCAGACUGUGCAGAACCACCAAAAGGGAUCCAGAUGCUGUGGCACCCGUCCAUAGUCAAACCCUACCUCACACUGCUGUCUGAGUGUUCAAAUGCAGACACGCUGGAAGGGGCAGCGGGCGCCCUGCAGAACCUGGCUGCAGGGAGCUGGAAGGGCUGGGCUGAGGAUGUGGCAGGCAUGGCAUAUGCCCUACGUUCACUGCCAGAGGGGGCUCCCUGCCUGCCACAGUGGUCGGUAUAUAUCCGAGCUGCUGUCCGGAAAGAGAAAGGCCUGCCCAUCCUCGUGGAGCUGCUGCGGAUCGACAAUGACCGUGUGGUGUGCGCAGUGGCCACCGCGCUCCGGAACAUGGCCUUGGACGUCAGGAAUAAGGAGCUCAUUGGCAAAUACGCCAUGCGGGACCUGGUCCACCGGCUGCCCGGCGGGAACAACAGCAGCAGCGCGGCGAGCAAGGCCAUGUCGGACGACACGGUGACGGCCGUGUGCUGCACCCUCCACGAGGUGAUCACCAAGAACAUGGAGAACGCCAAGGCCUUACGGGACGCCGGGGGCAUCGAGAAGCUGGUCGGCAUCUCCAAGAGCAAAGGAGACAAACACUCUCCAAAGGUGGUCAAGGCGGCAUCUCAGGUCCUCAACAGCAUGUGGCAGUACCGAGAUCUGAGGAGUCUCUACAAAAAGGACGGAUGGUCACAGUAUCACUUCGUAGCCUCGUCUUCAACGAUCGAGAGGGAUCGGCAAAGACCCUACUCCUCGUCCCGCACACCCUCCAUCUCCCCUGUGCGCGUGUCCCCCAACAACCGCUCAGCAAGUGCCCCAGCGUCACCUCGGGAAAUGAUCAGCCUCAAAGAAAGGAAAACAGACUAUGAGUCCACCGGCAGCAACGCCACUUACCACGGAACUAAAGGGGAACACGCUUCCAGGAAAGACACCAUGACAGCUCAAACUACUGGAAUUUCAACUUUGUAUAGAAAUUCGUAUGGUGCGCCCGCUGAAGACAUCAAACAUAAUCAGGUUUCAGCACAGCCAGCCCCACAGGAACCCAGCAGAAAAGAUUACGAGACCUACCAGCCGUUUCCGAAUUCCACGAGAAACUACGACGAGUCCUUCUUCGAGGACCAGGUCCACCACCGCCCUCCCGCCAGCGAGUACACCAUGCACCUGGGGCUGAAGUCCACCGGCAACUACGUCGAUUUCUACUCGGCCGCCCGACCCUACAGCGAACUGAACUAUGAAACGAGCCACUACCCGGCCUCCCCCGACUCCUGGGUGUGAGGCAGGCACCCCGGGAACCGUGCAUGUGCAUGCAGACCACAGACAUUGCUAUUUUUUUUUCCCCCCUGCAAAUUUAGUUUGUCAAAGCCUGUUCCAUAGGAAGGCUGGGAUACCCAGGAAGGAAACAUUUAAGAGCUAUUUUAGAAAGCUCCAUGAACGUUCACUUGAAAGUCAAUAGAAAGUGAUCCUCAAUCUGACAUCGGGCGACACCUUUCUAGUUCGGGCUGUAGAGUCUUAAAAAGUGCUUUCCACAGGAUGUGGCCGAAGGCAGCACGGGAGGCGGUCGGGGUGACGGGGCACGAAGGUUAUAAGCACAGAGGCGGUGACAUAGUUCACACACUUUAGAGGGACGGCUUGUCACGCUUUGUUUACUCUCUUCAUCCGUUGUGAUUCUAGGCUUCAAGUUGCAUUGGGGUUCCUCUCUACAGCAAGACGUUUCUUGCCUUUUGUUAAUGCAUUGUUGUAAAGUAUUCGAUGUACAUUACAGAUUAAAGAAGACAAGAGCAUUGUGUAUAUUACACCAAUGCCUCAGCGACUCCUCAUCGAUGGUUCUAAAUAUUGCUUCAAUUUCAAACUUUUGAAAGAUGUAUGGAUUUCCAGUUUUUCUUUUUUCUUCCUCCCAGUAAAGUUUUAACAGGGAAAAAAAAAAUGGGAAAAAAAGGAAUAUUUCGCAGUAUUGUUCGUUCUGAUAUGUGAAUUUGUUUGUGGCAACUAAACAAGGCAUUCAGCAGUUUCUGACAAUUAACAUCCAUCAUUCCACACUCCUUGUCAACAAAGUGCUUUUUCACUGCCUAAAAUUUUAGAUGUAGAUAUUUGAAAUAGAUUUUUUCAUUUAUACCAGUUUUCUUUAUGAUGA